GUCAUUACGUAUAUGGUGUAUAUCUUACCAAUAGUAGGCGAUACUAUGGACAAUACAUACAGACCUGUCAUCAUGUUGUUAACGGUAGGACUCAUCAGUGCUCUUGUUGUUUUAGCAUCAGCAAAAGGAGGUGGUGACCACAAAGGACAUGCAGAUCAUGACCUAGCCUGUUUUGCAAACCAAUGUCAUCAUGAUGAGUUAUGUAGAGUUUCCAACAUUGGUGGCACUAUUGCUGGACAGUGUAUGUUGGCACAUCACUUACCUCAUGAUUUGAUAUUUGGAUGUCCACAAACUUUACUAGAUGGAAACGAGUGCUUUUGUAACACACAUGACUGCAUCCAACAGAUGCAAGCCCAUAUCAAUCCUCAAGGACAAUUUGCCAAAGCUGGCCAUCAUUCACUGACCCAAUGCGGUGAUAAAAUAUGUAAGCACGGCGAUGAGAUAUGUAAACAUGAUGUAGACAAAGAAGGCAGACUUCAUUCACACUGUGUUCCGGAACAUGAAGCCACACAUCACGACCCUAACCCACAGUUUGGCUGUACAACUUUACCGACAGAGCAUCAUCCUUGCUUCUGUAGAGAUGAUGUGUGUAACACUAACUUAUACAAUAACCUUUACCAACAAAAUCAAGUUCAAGUUCAAGCUCAUCACCAAGAAUUGCUUUGUGGGGAUCAUGUCUGUCAUGGUGGUCAUCAGAGAUGUGUAAUAGAAGAGAACUGGGAACAACAUUUACAUUUAAGAUGUGAAGACCAUAAGGAUCAUCACGCCACACCACACUGUUUACCAAAUCUAUUAAGUGCUGGCAAACGCUGUGUCUGCGACACAAGAAUUUGUGUUGACCACACACUCAUUUCACUUGUCUCAGGACAUAAAGUUACAGGACUCAUUUGUGCUGAUCAUGAUGAUCAUGUUUGUCAUGCAAACCAGGUGUGCGAAAUUUUCCAUGAACAUAAUGGUAACUUUAAAAAACAUUGUGUGGAUCGACACGCUGGUUCAAUCGAAUGUCAACAUUUACCUUAUUUUAAUCAACGCUGCAUAUGUACUACACAGCAAUGUGUUUUUGGUCAAUUCACAGCACCAACAACCGUUGCACCAACGACAGCUCAGCCAACAACUGUUCAGCCAACAACUGCAAUGCUAACAAAAGCUCCAACCACAGCUGCAAUGUCUAAUACAUCAUCAGCAGCUGCAGUAAAUACUACUAACCAACCGACAGCGUCACCAACAAACGCACCAACAACAGCUAUGCUAUCGAACUCUUCAGCGACACCAAUGCUAUCAAACACAUCAACAAUACUAAUGAUGAACUCAACAACAGUUGUACCAUCUACUACCCCGUCUUGUGCUGACGAUGAAGAUGCCAAUUUUUCUUGUGUUAUGUACGAGAUGAUGUAUAAUCUGUGUACUGCUGCAACAGGAACCUUACAUUCCAUCGCACACAAAAGAUGUCGUUCUUAUUGUAAAAUAUGUUCAAGUGGUGGUGGUAGCACAUCUGGAACCAUAAGUGCAGUAAGCCUUCCAACACAAGCGACUUGUAUAGAUCAUGACGUUAGAUGUUCCCAGUAUCAAGUCAAUAUCUGUGGUGCUUCUGUAUCCCAGGCUUUUGUUAUCUCCACAUGCGCAAAGACAUGCAACAAGUGUGCUGAAUAUUUUGCUUCAUUACAGGUGCAGGCCUAUGUUGAAAUAUUUCAUACAUUAAGGAACCCAUGA